AUGGGAAUCAUUCUGCCGUUGUUAACGGUCCUUACUCUCAUUACAGCCGGGAUACUUGCGUCUGCUCAUGAGACUCUGGUUGUCUCGGUUAGUCUUUCUAUACUAGCAGGAUGGAUGACAUGGAAGACUCUUCCACAACUCAAACAGGCAUUUGUAAAUGCACGGCUAUGCGGAAUUGAUUUAUUAAAACGAGAAAAACCAGUAAUCCCUGAGACCAUGGGACUGCCGACAGCCAUUAUCUACUUAAUUACAAUGUUUGUGUUCAUGCCAUUUCCUUUCAUGGCAUGGUUUGGUGGAAAGACAGGACCUCAAGAUACAAAUAUGUCUGGUAUAUUUCCUCACCACAAGUUGGGUGAGAUUCUGUCAGCUAUUUUGGCCAUUCAGUCAAUGGUUCUCCUGGGUUUUGCAGACGAUGUUCUUGACGUUAGAUGGCGUUACAAGGUGUGGUUUCCUGCCCUUGCUGGUGCACCCCUUUUGAUUUUCUAUUACACGAACUGUGGUGUGACUGAUGUAGUCCUACCACUUCAAUUGAGACCUUACUUUGGAACAAAUAUACAUCUUGGGCCCCUUUACUAUGUUUACAUGGCCAUGUUGAUCAUAUUUUGUACCCAUAGUAUCAAUAUUUUGGCGGGUAUAAAUGGUAUCGAGGCAGGACAAUCUCUUGUAAUUGCUGUUUCGAUUAUUAUCAACGAUUCUCUCUAUCUUUUCAACAACCAAGAUCCAGCCAGUUUAGAGGCACAUUUGUUCAGUCUAUACUUUAUGCUUCCGUUUGCAGGGGUUACCAUAGCACUUCUCCUCCACAAUUGGUUUCCUGCAAAGGUAUUUGUGGGUGACACAUAUUGUUACUUUGCCGGUAUGACACUGGCUGUCGUCGGUAUCCUUGGUCACUUCUCCAAGACGCUUUUGCUCUUCUUUAUCCCCCAGAUCUUCAACUUUAUCUAUUCAUGUCCGCAGUUAUUCAAGGUGAUCGAGUGUCCUCGUCACCGCAUGCCUCGGUUUAAUCCCGAAACUGGGCUUCUCGAAUGUUCUACAGUAAUUUUGGAUGCCAAAAAACCGACCAGCAAACUGGGUCGCUUUGUCAUCAAAAUAUUCUACAGUCUAGGCCUAAUCAAGGCAUUCAAGUGUAGUAGUAAUGAGGAGGAUAAUGGUCGGGUGCUCGAGUGCAACAAUCUGACGAUUAUCAAUCUAAUCCUGGCUUAUUGUGGACCGAUGAGUGAACGCGAUACGGCGGUGAGCUUGUUGUGUAUCCAAUUCUUUGCAAGUGUAAUGGCCUUUUUCAUACGUUACAAACUUGUCGAAUAUGUGUACUAG